ACAACUCCCCUUCUUUUUCACGAUAGGAGUUGAGAGCUUCCUGAUGAAGUUGGGUCUCCACAAGAGAAGCAAUAAGAAACUCACCAUGGGAGAAGUCUUGGAAAUCAACCCAGACAGCCUCACAACUGUACCUCCUCAGACACUGGAAGAUUUACCUUGGCACUUCUUGAGAAAACUGAUGGCCCUCAGUGGAACAGCCAGAAAUACAGAUCUUGUACCAAAGGAUAAGGAAGAUGAAGAUGAAGAGGUUGAUAUCAAUGAUGAGGGUUUUUUCCUGAGGGGGAUGGACUAUGGAGGUUCUGUAAACCCCCUUGAUGUCCUUUGUGCUGUCCUGUUUUGCUCUGAUAGCUUCCUUCAUCAGGAGAUCUUUCUCAAAAUGUCCAUGUGUCAGUUUGCCCUCCCUUUGAUUUUGCCGCCUCCCAAGCGCAUCUUUAUGCUGUGGGCCCUACGGGACAUUGUGAGAAAAUGGAGGCCUCACUGCCUGGUAGAGAAGAGAGGCUUCAGAGAGGAGAGCCUGGUACGAACAUCCAUGGCAACCAUUUCCGUUGUGCGGAUGGGCAGAUCCAGCUUCUCCAAAUCCAAGCUUCUCAAUGAGGUCCUCAGCUCCCCUCAGCAACACCAUGACUUCUUUGUUCACAGGGAUAUGGAGUGUGGGAGUGCGCCACGAGAGAUCAGUGAUGGGCUGGUAGAAAUCUCCUGGUAUUUUCGAGUUGAGAGCUUCCUGAUGAAGCUGGGUCUCCACGAUCGAAGCAGUAAGAAACUCACCAUGGGAGAAGUCUUGGAAAUCAACCCAGACAUCCUCACAACUGUACCUCCUCAGACGCUGGAAGAUUUACCUUGGCACUUCUUGAGAAAACUGAUGGCCCUCAGUGGAACAGCCAGAAAUACAGACCUUGUACCAAAGGAUAAUGAAGAUGAAGAGGUUGAUAUCAAUGAUGAGGAUUUUUUCUUGAGGGGGAUGGACUAUGGAGGUUCUGUAAACCCCCUUGAUGUCCUUUGUGCUGUCCUGUUUUGCUCCGAUAGCUUCCUUCAUCAGGAGAUCUUUCUCAAAAUGUCCAUGUGUCAGUUUGCCCUCCCUUUGAUUUUGCCGCCUCCCAAGCGCAUCUUUAUGCUGUGGGCCCUUCGGGACAUUGUGAGAAAAUGGAGGCCUCACUGCCUGGUAGAGAAGAGAGGCUUUAGAGAGGAGAGCCUGGUACGAACAUCCAUGCCUACCAUUUCCGUUGUACGGAUGGGCAGAUCCAGCUUCUCCAAAUCCAAGCUUCUCAAUGAGGUCCUCAGCUCCACUCAGCAACACCAUGACUUCUUUGUUCACAGGGAUAUGGAGUGUGGGAGUGCGCCACGAGAGAUCAGUGAUGGGCUGGUAGAAAUCUCCUGGUAUUUUCCUGGAGGGAGGGAAAAAUCAGAUCUUUUCCCUGAGCCUGUGGCCUUUACGAAUCUCCGGGGGGACAUUGAGUCAUACUGGCCACAGUUCAGAUUUUUAACAGUGGUCUCAUCAGCUGUGUUCAUCAUUGCAGAGAACAUGUCUGACAAACAGUGUGACAUGCUGGCAACUCUCCAGGGCUCGGCUUCUAAAUAUUAUUUAAUCUUGAAUGUUGAUGGUGAGAAAUCAAAGGAAACCCUGAGGUUCCUGAACAAACUUGCACCAUUGCUGAGCCUGACCAAAUCACAAAUACUGGUGAAAGAGAAGAACAAAAAUACCGCAGAAUUUGUGAAAAAGUUCCGGUCAACCAUAAGGAACAUUGUUAACUCUCCACAAAAGGUGGUCAGUAUAGAAGUUAUGGCAAAGGUCAGCCAAGAACUGGGAAUCCCGACUGAUGAAGAAAGACAGACCUGUCAAAUUGGAAUUUUACACGCCAAUGAAAUUACUGAAGAAAUAAAAGAUGUUGUGGUCUACAAGAAGAAAAUGCUGAAACUUCAGGGGGACUUGUGGAAAAACCUGACCAAAGUGGAGAAAGAAUGGUGCAGGAUGAAAUGGCAAGAUGAUACAUCCGCUGAAGAUUACAAGUCUCAGCUCAGACAGAAACUGAUAGACUUACGUUACCAGCAGAAUCAAUGCGACCUCACUAAUGGAAUAACAACAUUUAUUAAUGGAAUGCAACACCUUCACUCAAAGGAGAAACAUUAUUUUCUGAAACGGCUGAAGUUCAACCUGGAUUCCGUUGCUAGGGCAAACUUGUCAAAAUUAAGAGAGGAGUAUAAAGAACUUUAUCAGAAUUCUGGAAAUGAUCCGGGACAGCUGGUACAGCUGGAUGAAUUAAUUUCCGCCAGUUCCUUAGGCAUAGAACAUUUCAUGCGUGAGCUGGGGCAGUUUUAUGAAGCAGAGUACAUGAUGGCAAAGGAAGACAAGACAAUUGAAAGACACAGACAGUUUGUGCACUUACCAGGAAUCGCUGCUGACCUGAUGCUAGAAGGAUUUCCAAUGGAGCUGAUUGAUGGAGAUGCAUCGAACAUCCCCCUGCAAUGGAUAACGGAUGUUUUGACUGCCCUUCAUUCCAAAGUAGGGGGCAAAUCCAGGAUGAAGGUUCUAACAGUAUUGGGUGUCCAGAGUACUGGCAAAUCCACCCUUCUUAAUACUAUGUUUGGGCUGCAGUUUGCAGUCAGCAGUGGCCGAUGUACCCGAGGGGCCUUCAUGAGCCUCCUAAGAGUGUCAGAGAACUUCCAGCAAGAGCUCAGUUGUGAUUUCAUCUUGGUGAUUGACACAGAAGGCUUGAAAGCCCCCAAGCUAGCCACAUUGGAGGACAGCUAUGAACAUGACAAUGAGUUGGCCACCCUAGUGAUCGGACUGAGUGACAUAACCCUUGUGAACCUGGCCAUGGAGAAUACCACGGAGAUGAAGGACAUCCUGCAAAUUGUAGUCCACGCUUUUCUGAGGAUGGAGGAAACUGGGCACAAACCCAAUUGCCAAUUCGUCCACCAGAACGUCAGUGAUGUUUUGGCCCAUGAUCAAAACAUGAGGGACAGGAAACUUCUCCUAGAACAGCUCAACGAAAUGACCAGAGCUGCAGCGAAAAUGGAGAAACAAUGCAGGGAAGUUUCCUUUUCAGAUGUUAUGGAAUACAAUCUGGAAAAACACACCUGGUAUAUCCCUGGUUUGUGGCACGGAGUCCCACCCAUGGCUCUAGUAAACAUGGGAUACAGCGAGAGUGUGUCAGAUUUGAAAAGAUCUCUGUUUGAAUUUAUGAAGACCAGCUCCCAAAACAGACAUUCCAAAGACAUCCUCCAGUUUCUUGAACGGGUGAGAAGCUUGUGGAAUGCUGUAAAACAUGAAAAUUUUAUCUUUAGCUUCCGUAACAGCCUCAAAGCUAAUGCUUACAGCCAGCUCUCUGUGAAGAAUUCAGAAUGGAAAUGGAAUUUCCAGAAGGAGAUGCAUCUGUAUGUAGUCAAAGCUGAAACCACAAUUCAGAAUCAGUCUCUAGGAGAUAUUGACUCUGAUGCAUUGGAUAAGUUGAGGCUUGAGACUGAUCAGAAAUUGUUCAAUGGCCAGCAAAAGAUAUUACAGUGCAUACAAAGCUAUUUUGAAAGUGACCGACAGUACCUGCAUCUCAUAGAGAAGUAUAGAGAAAAUUUAAUCAGAAAUGCUGAGGGUCUCCGGAAACAGUUGGAAAACAAUUUCAACAACAAGUAUCAGCAGGCCGUUCUCAUACGCAAGGGACAGCAUAAAAUAGACAGUCUUCAGGCUACGUAUGCGAAAACCAUGCAAGGGAAAGUAAACAAGCUCCUAGAAGAGUGUAAAAGGGAGAAAUGCCAGCUGACUUCUUUGAAUCUGGAAGAGGAAUUUGAGAAAAUGUGGAAGGAGAGCUUACUGGAAUUGCCACCUAGUAACUUCAGACAUCGUGACGUUUACACAGAUGUUCAGCUUCAGCUCAGAAAAGACCUUCAAGUACACGGCAGCUUGGCCAACCAGCUCUUGCAGAAGUUACCCGGCUUUGCAGCCCGUUCCAAAAAUCCUUUCGUUGUGAAAGAGUCAUAUCUAGAAAAAUCAUUCAUAAGAACAGCAAAAGAUCUAUUAUUUAUUAAUUAUAAACAACCAAUAGAGGAGAAGGUCAAAUCCCUGAUUCGCACCUGUGAGGAGCUUAAGUGUCAUGGAGAAAGUCAACACAAGAGGAGACUAAGUGAUGAAAACGUAUUGCAGUGGAGACUUGGGAUUGAGAUAGUAGAUGAUCUCCUCAGCAGCCAGCAAUCCCUCCAGUAUGGAAGCAGGAGCUUCUUUCAGUUCACAGUUCAGAGGACACUGCUAGAAGAGGAGAAAUUCGAUGACUAUGUCAACUAUAUAAACACAUAUGAGACGUUUGUGAAAUCUUGGAUACAGACACGCCUCUUAGACCAUUACAGACAGAGGGAAGGACUAGCCAUCUUGGAGCGUCGAAUCCUGUCUACUGCAAUGAAGAAAGCUAUAGAAGUUCUGGAGAGAUGUGAGAACCAACCUCAGACUUUGGCUGAAUUCUUGGAGCAUUUUUGCCAGGAGAUGGGUAAAGAGCUCGUCAUUUCCAAGGAUCGCCUGGUACUCAUCCUAUUCAACAAUACUGCCAAUGCUGCAUCCUUCUCAGCCGAGAUACAGGCCUGUAUCCCCACAGUGGUAGAAGACAUUCUUUUAGAACGCUCUAAGAUGAGCACUAAUAAAAUACUUGCAGACAUUCCAUUCAAGCCCCGGGACGAAAUCUUCAAGCAUGUGUUUGGCUGUGGGAAGCAGUGUCCUUUCUGUAAGGUCCCCUGA